UCUGUCCUCAUAAUCUUCUGUAGCAACUAGCAAGUUUAAAUGAAUUUUAUCUUAUUUUGUAUGUGUUAAAAUUCAUCAUUGGAAAGAGUUUUAGUUUCGUAUAGUGAUACUUGUCUCGUUCAACAGGUGGAUGAUUUUUUAAAAAUAAUGGCAAAGGAGAUAGUGAUAAAUGAACUACGGUGUAUAAGUGAUGGGCAAUUCAGCAAGGUUUUUCACGGCACCUACGAUGGAAUUCCAAUUGCUGUCAAACGAAUUUGUGUAGAAACAAUACUCAGCCAGGAUGAAUUCCAAAGGUUCCAUUACCUUGAUUCACCAGAGCAGUCUCAAAGGCCACACCGACAAGUCAGUUUUGUGAGAGAAGAAAGUGCCUUAAUACAACUUAGUCAUCCAAAUGUUGUCAAAUUGUUUGCUGUUAAAGAUGAACACCCUUUCAGGUGUUUUGCCAUGGAAUUGUGCACCACAUCACUCCACCAGUAUUGCCAGGAUUUUAAUCGAAAACUACCAGUAGGCCUACCACCCAUGCCAUCCGAUGCCACUGUUCUGUUGGACAUAAUUCGUGGUCUCCGAUACGUUCACUUCAUGGGUCUAGCCCACCGGAACAUCCAUCCGAAAAACAUUCUUAUUUCCUCAUCUUUGCCUGUUGUAAUCAAAUUGGCUGGUUUUAGGCUGAGCAAGCCAGUUAACGAUAGAGGAUCACAUUCAAUUAGCCGAAGUGACGGAAGUGUAUGCUACAAGGCGCCGGAAAUGUUGGUUGACAAUCCGGAUAAACGGGGCUCGAUCGCUAGCGACACAUUUUCCGCAGGCUUAGUCUUCUUCUUUUUCCUUUCGAAAGGUUUUCAUUUAUUUGGUUCUAAUUCAAUUCGUAUUCGAGCAAAUAUUGUCAGCCUUGUUCAACCAAAUGAAGAUAAUGAUGGCCGUGAAGCUAAUGGAGUCAACUGGGACAAAUUACCUGACGUCCAAAUGCAUUUCGAAGCAUUAAUCAAGUCGAUGAUUAAACCCGUACCUGGCGACAGGGUCCGUCUUUGUGAUGUCGAGUCGAUUUUGAAUGAAAUAGUUGGAGUGCCCAUGGAUGAACCCAGACCUCAACACAUUUUACAACAAGAGGAAGAAAGCGACUCAUUUGAUUACCGCAUGUGAUUUUGUGUUUUCACUCAUAGAUUUUUAUACACCAAUUUGAGUCAAUCUACAAUUGCUGCCAACAUCUAGGUAGUUCACUCUUUUUUUUACGGCGAUAGAAUAUGUUAUUAUGUAUAA